AUUUGGAAUUUAUACUACUUUUAUAUAUUUUUACCUUGUUCUAUCAUCUGCUCUUCAAUUCAACAAGCUACAUAUAUUCCUCAAUCGAGUUUACUUUUUAAUAACUCACUUUAUUUUUACUUUUCUUCUUAUUCAAACUAUGAAUCCCGAAUACGAUUACUUGUUCAAGCUGUUGCUCAUUGGCGACUCUGGAGUAGGCAAGUCGUGCCUUUUGCUGCGUUUCGCCGACGACACUUACACGGAGAGCUACAUCUCGACAAUCGGAGUGGAUUUCAAAAUCCGCACAAUCGAAUUGGAGGGCAAGACAGUGAAGCUUCAAAUCUGGGACACGGCAGGACAGGAGCGGUUCCGCACAAUCACGUCCUCAUACUACCGCGGAGCACACGGCAUCAUUGUUGUCUACGACGUGACUGACAACGAAACCUUCAACAAUGUGAAGCAGUGGCUACAGGAGAUUGACCGGUAUGCGUCGGAGGGCGUGAACAAGCUGCUGGUGGGCAACAAGUGCGAUUUGGAGGACAGUCGCCAGGUUAAUUAUACGGCUGCGGAGGAGUUUGCCAAGCAAUUAUCUAUUCACUUUUUGGAGACCUCGGCGAAGAACUCGACUAACGUUGAGACUGCCUUUUUGACCAUGGCUAAGCAGAUUAAGGAUAGAAUGGGCUCGUCGAAUGUCCAGCAGCAGCAGCAGAAGAAGCAGGUUAACCUGGGACAGGCCCAGAACUUGCAGCAGAACAACAAUGGAUGCUGCUAAUGCUCCCCCGGUUUAUAG